AUGCCGGAAUACCAUGGUGCUUGUCUUUGCGAAGCCGUUAAAAUCUCUGUACAAGUAGAGAGGCCUGAACUUAGCAUCUGUCACUGCGAAAGUUGCCGGAAAUGGUGUUCAGGACCUUUUAUGGCUUUUGUAGCGCAAGAUUUUCAUUUGGAACCCAAGGAAAAGGUAUCCCACUAUUCAUCUUCCGACAUAGCCAAACGAGCAUUUUGCAAGAUUUGCGGUACUUGUUUAACCUUUUAUUAUCACAACAUGAAACAAGUCUUUGUAAACCCUUGGAUUCUCAGGAACGUUCAAGGCAUAACUACUGGCGUUGAAGUAUGUUACGAUAAUAAGCCCGAUUGCUACUCUUUCGACAACAAAACCGAGAAAUAUACAGAAGCUGAAACGAUGGCAAUGGUAGAUACAUCCUAA